AUGAAAGAUGCUCUUAUUUUACUUAUGGGCCAUUUGUUCAAUUUGAAAAUCCAACAAUUCGUAAAAGAAUUCAAUAUGCAAAAUCAGCAAGGGAAGCAUUUUUCAUUUGCUAGAUCAUGUGAUAAAGAGAAAAGAGCAGAUUGGGAAUCGGCGGUGUCAGAAGACAGGAAGAUAUUCAAAGAAUUAAUUAUGAAAAAAGCAUUAAAAUAUGGUGGGAAUGGCGAGGGAUUGAAUAGAUUAGGUCAACUAUUAAAAGAAGUCAGGUCAGAGAUUUUUCGAGCUGAGCUUGACAGAUUAAUUAAUGAAAAUGAUGGAUUAAGAUGUCAAUAUCAAAGAUGGCUUGUGCGUGAAUUACAGUAUUUAAAUCACUUGAACUUUGACGGUGGUAAGAACAAUGUUAAAUUAUAA